AUGCAAUUGUGCUGUGACUCCAUAAAUGGCUCCUGUGUCAAGAGCACCUGGUCAAUGAGCAUCCGUAUCUCCAUGUACAUCUUCAUGCUGAGUGUGAUCCUGGCUACUGUAGCUGGCAAUCUGACCGUUAUCAUUUCAAUAUCACAUUUCAAACAGCUUCACACACCCACCAAUUUCCUCAUCCUCUCAAUGGCUACGGUGGACUUCCUCCUGGGAUUAUUUGUGAUGCCUUACAGCAUGGUGAGGUCGGUUGAGAACUGUUGGUAUUUUGGAGAACCCUUCUGCAAAAUCCACACCAGUAUGGAUAUCAUGCUGAGCACAGCUUCCAUCUUCCAUCUCUCAUUUAUCUCCAUUGACCGCUACUAUGCUGUAUGUGAUCCACUGAGAUACAAAUCAAAGAUCAAUACUUCUGUCAUAUUGAAAAUGAUUUUCAUAAGCUGGACAGUCUCUGCCAUGUUUGGCUUUGGGAUGGUUUUUCUGGAGCUAAACAUGUUUGGAGCAGAAGAGACAUUCUAUAAAUACAUCUAUUGUGUGGGAGGCUGCUUUGUCUUCUUCAACAAAACUUCAGGGGUGGUGGCCUCCAUGGUUUCUUUUUAUAUCCCUGGAUUUGUCAUGCUCUGUGUCUAUGGGAAGAUAUAUUGUAUAGCCAAAAGACAGGCCAGAUCCAUUAAGGAUGCUGUGAAACGGACACAAAUAAGAAUUAAAAUGAGGCAACAUAUUUCACACAGCAGUGAAAGAAAAGCUUCAAGGACUUUAGGCACAGUAGUGGGAGUCUUCCUCAUCUGCUGGUUCCCAUUCUUCUUCUGUACCAUCACAGAUCCCUUUAUGAAAUAUACAAUACCACCCAUUUUCAUUGAUGCAAUGGUUUGGUUCGGUUACUUGAAUUCGACAUUAAACCCAAUGGUUUACGCAUAUUUUUAUCUGUGGUUUCGAAGGGCCUUGAAGAUGAUUUUAUUGGGGAAAGUUUUUCAGCAGAAUUCAUCCAGAGCUCAGCUAUUUUUGGACUGA